UUCAACAUCAUCGACCGCGGACCGCGCUGCAGUUCAUUCUCACGAAAUUUGAAGUAAUCCCAGAUAUCACACAGCCGCCAGGAUGUCGAAGCGAGGUCGCGGUGGUGCCUCUGGCAACAAGCUCAAGAUGACUCUCGGUCUCCCUGUGGGAGCCGUCAUGUCAUGCGCAGAUAACUCGGGUGCCCGAAACCUCUACAUCAUCUCCGUGAAGGGAAUCGGUGCUCGAUUGAACAGAUUACCCGCCGCGGGUGUGGGAGACAUGGUUAUGGCUACUGUGAAGAAGGGAAAGCCAGAGUUGAGGAAAAAAGUCAUGCCCGCCGUCGUAGUCCGACAAUCGAAACCCUGGCGACGACCGGACGGUAUCUACCUGUACUUCGAAGACAACGCCGGUGUUAUUGUGAAUCCCAAGGGCGAAAUGAAGGGCAGUGCUAUUACAGGACCGGUGGGCAAGGAGGCCGCUGAAUUGUGGCCCAGAAUUGCAAGCAACAGUGGUGUUGUCAUGUGAGAUGGAGAACUGUUGAGCAUGGGAGAAACUUUUCGCGCCGACGGGAGGGUUUUAGGGAGCAUUUUCCAGGUCACGAUGGUGGGGGAGAAGGAAGCCCGUCUCCAUGUCGGCGAAAAUUGAGAUGAUACCACCAAAAACUUGGUCAUGAGCGAUGGACCAUGAACGAUGAAUCCGCGAGAACCCAGACAAUUCCAGGUUGGCGAGCCGAGAAUCAGACAGCCUACCCUGCAUAGAAUUCUGUCACCCAUGUGCUAGUCUGCGCAUCAGUGGCACACAAAUGGCACGGCGAUAUCCAAGAAAACCGGCAUCUUUCGCCCCCAGGGGCUGAGAUAGCACUGGCCAAACAUGCAUUUGUGAACGCUCGCAUGUGAUUUCAACACAUCCCAUCCUGUUGACAAGAAGAACAGCAUUUCCGUGCCAGUCUAAGCACCGAUUCUAAUUGGAGAGGGUAUCGCUCAUGAAUGUCGCGUGGCAGGUGAACACAGUAGCCCUAAUUCAAGGUACCAGGCCUCAGAGAUUUCCUUCGCACGUGGCGAGCAAAUCAUCUUCUCCUAACUGCAAUCGGGC